CUUAAUCAAUCAUUAAUUAAUCUCGUAAGCUCAUAUGUCAGCAUAUGCCAGUCCGAAAUCGUGAAUAUAUAUUCCCUAUCAUUUCUGUAAAUUUUCACGGAAUGUCAUACAUUUUCUUCACAUCUUACUAGCCAGCACUGCAACACAAAAAAAGGAAAAAACCUGACAUGGAGGUGCAACAAGCUCAACACACAAAGCAAACACAGGCGAACGUAGCCUUGGUGCCAACUCCUGGGAUGGGUCAUUUGAUUCCCCUCGUUGAGUUAGCUAAACGACUUGCUCUUCACCACGACUUCCAUGUCACCUUCAUUAUCCCCACUGAUGGUUCACCCAUGAAACCCCAAAGAAAGGUGCUUCAAUCUCUACCCGACUCCAUUUCCACCAUCUUUCUUCCUCCUGCGAAUUUUGACGACAUGCCUCAGGACAUUAAAAUCGAAACCCGAAUCUCACUCACCCUAUCUCGCUCCCUAUCCUCCUUACGAGAGACACUCAAGGUGUUAACUGAGUCAACCAGAUUGGUUGCGCUAGUUGCCGAUCUCUUUGGCACGGAUGCAUUGGAAGUGGCUAAAGAAUUCGAUAUUUUGGGAUUCCUUUUCUUUCCUUCAGGCGCCAUGGUACUGUCUUUCGUCCUUAAUUUGCCAGAGCUUGAUAAAAAGGUCACUUGCGAGUUCAGGGACUGGCCUGAACCAAUCCAACUUCCUGGGUGUGUCCCAAUAUACGGGCGUGAUCUCGCAGACCCCGUUCAGGACAAGAAAAGUGAGCCAUACAAAUGGGUUCUUGGCCUAGCUAAGCUGUACAACCAUUUGGCUGCUGGGAUUAUGGUUAAUAGUUUUAUAAAUUUGGAACUGGGGGCUUUCAAGGCUUUAAUGGAAAGUGAUCAAUCAGGUUUUAGCCCUCCGGUUUUUCCAGUUGGACCGCUCAUUCAGAAUCCUUCUAUCAAUGAGGCCGAACAUGACUGUUUGAAAUGGUUAGAUGAGCAGCCAAGUGGGUCAGUGCUAUUUAUUUCUUUUGGGAGCGGCGGGACUUUAUCACAGGAGCAGUUAAAUGAAUUGGCUUUAGGACUUGAAAUGAGUGGGCAAAGAUUUCUCUGGGUUGUCAGGAGGCCGCAUGAGGGAGCUGUAAAUGCUGCAUAUUUUACCGGCCAAGGUAUCGAGGACCCUUCUGAUUUCUUGCCAAAAGGGUUCCUAGAAAGAACCAAAGAGGUGGGUUUAGUGGUUUCCUCUUGGGCUCCUCAGGUUCAAAUACUGAGCCAUAAGUCAACAGGAGGGUUCGUGAGUCACUGUGGAUGGAACUCAACCUUGGAAAGCAUUGUACAUGGCGUGCCUCUCAUUGCAUGGCCACUUUAUGCAGAACAAAAGAUGAAUGCGGUGCUCCUCACAGAUGAUUUGGAGGUGGCAAUGAGAGUCAAGGCUGAUGAAAAUGGUUUAGUAGGAAAGGAAGAUAUAGCUAAGUAUGCAAGAGGUCUGAUUGAAGGAGAAGAAGGAAAAUUAUUGACGAAUAAGAUGAGAAAACUUAAGGAUGCUGCUGCAAAUGUUCUGAGCCAGGACGGAUCGUCUACUAAAAACCUCGCCAAAGUGGCCCAAAUAUGGAAGGACCAGAAAUAAUAAUGUUGCCUUGCCUCCUCCAUUAUAAUUAGCUAGUCAUGCUCUUCUUUUUCAAUCAUUAAUAUGAAAUACUCUUGCUUGUCUUCA